AUGACCAAUUUCAGCAACACAUCCUUAUCUCCUGUAGAAAAUGAAAGAGUAGAGCCAUAUUCUUAUACCGAGCGUAUUAUAUCCAUCUUCCUGUUGUGUAUUUCCAUUGUUGGUCUUCUGGGGAAUGGAACUGUCAUCUACCUUCUGGGUUUCCGCAUUAAAAGGAGCCCUUUCACUACGUACAUCCUGAACUUGGCUGUUGCUGACUUUGGGUUCCUUCUGUUUGGGAGUCUACUUUGUAUUUUGAUGCUAAUCUACAAAAUGCCUGAAAUUAUUUUUGAUAUAGUUAACAUACCUGCCACAUUCAUGUAUGUUACUAGCCAGCUUCUACUGACAGCCAUCAGCAUCGACAGGUGUGUGUCUAUCCUCUUCCCAAUUUGGUAUCGAUGUCACCGGCCAACGCACUGGUCCACCACCGUGUGUGCCUUAAUAUGGGUUCUCACCUGCUUGCCCCCAGGAAUUUCUGCAAUUCUCUACAUUUUAAAGGACUUUGCAAUUGGAUCGGGUAUUCUUUACUAUCCACUUAUUGUAAGUUCAUUUCUUUGCCUCCCUCUUGUCACUGUCUCCACUGCAAUUCUGUUGUUCAAAGUGUCCUGUAAAUCUCAACAGCCUCAGAGGAGAAGGCUUUUAACUAUCAUCUUACUUACUCUCCUUUUCUUCCUAAUCUUUGCUUUUCCAUUGAGUGCUAUUAACACAAUCUAUUAUUUUUAUAGUCCUAAAUAUGCCAUUCUACAAAUUUAUGGCGCCAUAUGUACCUAUCUAAACAGCUUUGUCAACCCAGUGAUCUAUUACAUGAUUGGGAGAAAGAAGAAGGCUCAACAAAAGGAGAUCCUGAAGGUCAUACUCCAAAGAGCUUUCAAAGAGGAGGAAGAAGAUGGAGAGGAAGGAACCACCACAACUCAGACGGAGCUAUGA